UCGAGUGUGUGAUCAGUGUCGCGCUCGGCGCUUGUGGAGACGCAGCGGUUCCGUUUGUUUCCUCGCGUGUGUAUGAGAGACGCGACGCGCGUGAGUUCAGCGCUUCUGCGGGACGCGCCGGAGGUUCGAGAGGAGACGCGGCGCGAUGGAGCGCUCGCGAAGAAACACAGAUGUUCUGUGGACUGACGCUCACGCUCUGAGUGAUCUCCGUCCCUGAGCCAUUCCCUUUCCCACGUCCCACGAGACGCCUCGUCGCUAACACGCCGCCGGUCACCGUUCCGAUUCGCUGGCUUCCCGUCCGUCUCUUGCUGUCCAUCUCCAUGGCCACCUUUCUGAGCUCCGUGCUCCUGCUGGUGCUGCGCACGUACGCCGCUCCUCCAGAAUACAUCCAGGUGUGGCCGGGCGGGUGGACGCCGGGCCCGGGAGAGGCCGGAAACGAAACGGUCACCCCUUCUCUGGUGCCGCCGCCGGGAACUGCUAACCACGCUCCUCACAGCAUCAUCAUUGGCGUCCGGAAGGGAGGCACUCGAGCGCUGCUGGAGAUGCUGGACAUUCACCCUGAGGUUGCGGCGGCCGCCACCGAGGUUCACUUCUUUGACUGGGACGAGAACUACGUCAAGGGUUUGGAGUGGUACCAGGAGCAGAUGCCCUACUCGUACCCUCAUCAGAUCACGGUGGAGAAGACGCCGGGGUACUUCACGUCUCCGGCGGCCCCCGCGCGCAUCCGCGCCAUGAACCCGUCCAUCAAACUCCUGCUGAUCCUGAGAGAUCCCACCGAGAGGGUCGUCUCCGACUACACGCAGGUUUACUUCAACCGGCUGGAGAACCGCAAGCCCGUGCAGGCCAUCGAGCGCAUGCUGGUGAAGAACGGCGCACUAAACACGCGCUACAAAGCCAUCCAGCGCAGUCUGUAUGACGUGCACAUGAGAAACUGGCUCCAGUAUUUCCCCCUGCGGCAGAUUCACAUCGUGGACGGAGACACGCUGAUCCGUGACCCGCUGCCGGAGCUUCAGAGGGUGGAACGCUUCCUGGAUCUGCCGCCUCGGAUUCAGGCCUCCAACUUCUACUUUAACCAGACCAAAGGCUUCUACUGCAUCCGCAGCGACGGUCACGAGAGGUGUCUGCACGAGUCCAAGGGACGGCCUCAUCCCCCCGUCAACGGCACCGUGCUGCGCCAGCUGCGCUCCUACCUGCGCCAACAUAAUCGAGACUUUUACAGACUUAUUGGACGAACCUUUAACUGGCACUAGCGGGACGGGCCAAUCAAGGCUGAGGGAGCGAUGUUAUCAAUCACUCCUCUGUGUCGACGUAAAGACACAAGUGUGACACAUUGGUGAUUUUCUCUCUUUCUCUUUGUUUGUUUGAUAUUCUUGUACUUGAUAAUAAAUCGUUCUGCUACCAAAACUCAGAAUUUCUCUGCAGUUUGAACGAUAAGUUUUUCACACUGGUGUUAUUUUCAGAGAGUCUGUAGACGUGGUGAGGACGAACACAAAAUAAAUCCAGAACGAGUGAUCAGAUCUCACAAUUCUGUGGAUUAUUUCACAAUAAUGACCAUCUGAUUGUACAAUAACCUCACAAAUCAAUUCAAGAUUAACAUGAACUAUUGGUUAGUUGGUUGAUUGAUUUGAUUGAAUGAUUUUUAUGUGAGACCAAAAAGAGCACAAAAUGAGACGGGAGACGUGAGACAUUUGCCAGUUAAACGGUGUUUGACUGAAAGGGUGUUGUGUUGGGGUUAAUGAAUAUGUUAAAAUGUAAAAAUCAAGAAAUGUGUGUUUGAGGGUUUGGUUUAUAGAGAAUACUAUUAGUUCAGUGUAAAAACAUUAAAAGUCUAUGGAAAAUCUCCACGAAGAUAUCAAAACAAGAUGUUUCAGUGAAGUGAUGAAGACUUCGUGCGUGUGUGUGCGUGUGGGAAGGGUAAGCCCUACGGUAUGGGGACAAAAUGUCCCCACAAAGAUGGCAAUAUCCAAAACCCUUGUCCUUGUGGGGACAUUUUUUUGGUCCCCAUGAGGAAACAAGCUUAUAAAUCAUACAGAAUGAACUUUAGUGAAAAUGUAAAAGAGCAGACAGUUGUGUGUGAUUGUUAGGGUUAGGGGGAGGGAAUAUGAGAUACAGUUUGUACAGUAUAAAAACCAUUGUGUCUAUGGAAUGUCCCCAUAAAACAUGGAAACCCAACGUGUGUGUGUGUGUGUGUCUGUUUGUUUGUAUAUCCCGGUGGGGACCUAAACCUGAAUACACACCAACACAUGGGGACUCGUGUCACCGUGGGGACCAAAACUGAGGUCCUCAUGGGC